UUGGUUUACAUGUCAAAUUCUCCUAUCUUAUAAGAGGGAAUUAGCAGGUACCUGGACGACAUGUUUGCUAGCACUUUGAGGGCAAAAUUGUCUUUCCAUUCAACUGUCUUUUGGCUUCACUUGGAUUAUCUCGACUCUUCUUUGGCUUCUCUCGUCUCACUCUUCUUGUUCUUAUCGGUACCACACAGACAGGUCUUUCAGAAACCUGGCAGAUGGAGGUUCACUGAUCAAAAGGUUAACAGCCGAGUUAUAUGAGAAAGGAAAAGCUCCACCGUCUGCAAAUUUCCAUUUUCACCUUCUCUCUCUUCACUUUUCCUGUUCUUAUCUUUAUACUUUAGUGAAUUUUCCUGGCCGGAUCUUUGUUUUCCUGUAAGCUAUCUUCUUCUUAUCUUGUAUUUCUUUAUUUCAUCUUUUACUGCACACUAAGACUUUGUUCUUUAUGUGUUUGACCAAAUUCUUGAAUGAAUCAAUUUGGUGGUUACACAUUUUUAGAUUAUUCCGUGUGGUAUUCGAUUCACGUUGCCUUUUCCUCCGUCUUUCUGUUUAAUUUUUCGUUUUAUGAUAUACUGGAUUUUUGCUAUUAAAAAUUCAAUUCUACAGCCUUGGAAGUAAAUUAUUUUUUCCUAGAAGAAUAUGGUUAAGAGGUCAGCACAGAGACACAUCCUAUUUUAAUUCUUUUUUGCUCAUCUAGGAACAUAUGAAAAGUUUCGCAAUCUUCAAACUCCUCUGCGACUGCAACCCCAUCUCUCCUUGCUCUUCAUGUUGUUAGCUUUACUUUGGUGAAUUUAUCGUUUGGAUUUUCUUAUCUUGUGUUUCUCUCCGCUAUCAUGGGAUUCUAGGCCUUUGCUACACAGGAAGUUUAAUUGUCGAGUUGUGUUUGCUCUUACUGAGGAAAUUCUUGAAUCAGUCAGAGUUUUUACUAAACGCUUACCAUUUGUCUUUCAAUUUAAUUUCUUGCUCCACUUGGGAGGACAAGAUGCUGAUCCUUUUGAUUUGAGUAACCUAUGUGCGAUGACAAAACUUAACUUGGUGGAUAAUAGAUAGAAUCUGUAAUAUAUAGAAUGUUCCACGAUAUUAAAAAUAUAAUUUAUCCUUUUUUAGACAUCCCAUUGACAAGUUCAGAUGGAAAUAUUUACAUGUAAAAAGGAAAGUUGAACUUGCAUAACUGAUGGAUUUCAAAGAACCAAACAAGUGCUCACACGCAGAAAAAAUGAAGGGUGCAAUGCAACUCAAAUGGCGUGAUAGGCAAAGCCAAAUAUCUGCUCAUAGAAGGGAAGCACUGUUGCUAUCGCGACGUAUAAGAAGACAAGAUUCUGCAAAGCACAACCUUCUUCAAAGUCCGAUUGUUGUUGUCUCAGAGUAUUGGAACAAAGCACGAUUUCUGAAACAAACUGCUCUUACCAUACAAGAACCUCCUUCCCUUCCGGAAAAAGCUACCACCCAUCAAGUUUGCGCGACUACAUCGCGGGGUAAUUUAGAAAAAGGAAAGAUUAUAUUAGAUCUCUCAGCUAUCAAGCUUGCACGGCUACAUCGCAUGAUAAUUUAGAAAAAGGCAAAGAUAUAUUGGAUCCCCCUAUCAUUUGUGAAACAGGUAACCAUACGAGAACCUUUUUCGCUACUUUUUUGGUUAUAUAUUGUUGUACUCAUAUUUAUACGAAGAAUAUUAUUAAUAUAACGAUGCUUAUUUUGCUUGGAGAUUGAAUAUCAUAGCUUAUUUAUCUUAUAUGUAUCUAUAAACUAAAAGACAUAAAUACUACGUGCUCUUUUACACACUAUUUUGCAUCUAUUGAGGGUUUGUUGUACGCUUUUAAACAUUUUGGCUAUUUUGUUUACCAGUCGGUAGCUAUCAAGCUUGUAUGACUAGCUAAUUUAGACAAAGGAAAGGGUACAUUGGACCCCCCCCCCCUAUCAUUCGUGAAACAGGUAAACCUACAUUCAGAUCAUACUCUUUUCAGAAUGACAUAUUGUUUAUAUAUUACUGUAAAUUGUAACUAUUUGUACAAUAGGGUCCACAUCGGGUACAUCUAACGUGCGCCAUGUUACCUUGAACACCGUACCAAUCAAAGGUUUGCACAAACUUAAUGUUACAAUAAUGUCCACCAUACGUAUGCCUUGGUGCUCCUUUUUUUCUAAUGAUACUUCUUACAUAUUCAGCUCAUAGGCGGGCCAAAAAGAUGUGCCUGGUCAGUAAAGAGCAACAAAGUGAGUAUGUUGCUCUUAAAAGGAUCCCAAAUUGUCAAUUUUGUCAUGCAAAGAAAUUUGAAUAUGAACCUCCAAGAUUUUGUUGUAACAGUGGUUCAAGAAGGUUGACAUCUCAUAAAAUGCCAACUGAAUUAUCGGAGUUAUACUUUAGAAAUACUGAAGAAUCUGAAAAUUUUCGAACUUAUAUUAGAACAUACAAUAACAUGUUUGCAUUUACUUCACUUGGUGUCAAGUAUGAUAAAGAGCUAGCCAGAAGAAAUUGUGGUAUCUACACAUUUAGAGUCCAAGGGCAAAUGUAUCAUUUUAUAGAAGAUUUAGUUCCUUCCAAUGAAAAUCCUAGGAAUUUACAGUUGUACUUCUACGAUCAUGAUAAUGAGCUAGCCAAUAGGAUGGCAUGUUCGACAAGAAUUAAUAAAUCAAUAGUGAAAAAGUUGAUGGACAUAUUGAAGGUAAAUCCGUAUACUAUUUUCCUAAGAUCUCUCUUAAAUGUUCCUCAAUUAUCUGAUUUCUAUAUUGCUCUUAAAUGUCACUCAACCUUAGAUCAAUGAACAUAUAACUUACCCAGUACAUCAGAGAUUGUGGCAUUAUUGCUUGAAGAAAAUCCUAGAGAUACAUUUGCACCACAUAUUCGAAUUUAUACCCACAGUAAUAGAGUUCGGUUAGUUCAUUAUUAUUAUGGAUGUUAUGAUCCGUUGCAGUAUCCAUUAUUAUUUCCCUUCGGUGAAAAUGGAUGGCAUUGUGGUAUCAAAAAAAUUGUUCAGACAAAAAAUGUGACGAAACGUAGAGCUUACUGUGAACAUGAACAAUUGCCCAGUAUAUCAAAUAUGUGUUCAGUUGAUGGAUUUCUUGAUAUGGAAGAUAAAUCACUACAAAAAGGAAAUCGAAAAAGAGAUACAGUGUCUUGUCGAGAGUAUUAUUGUUACAAAUUUCAACUAAGAGAUAAUGAAACAAAUGAAGUGCUACACUGUGGGAGAAUAUUCCAACAAUUUAUAGUAGAUGUAUAUAUAAAGCUUGAAACGCAAAGAUUAGACUUCUUUUCAUUUAAUCCAGAUUUAUUUAGAAUUGAAGUAUUGCAAGGACUCCUUGAUGUUUUAAGAUGUGGUGAAAGGGAAGCCUCUAAAAUUGGAAAGAAAACAUUCCUCCCUGUUACAUUUAUAGGGGGACCAAGGGACAUGCGCCGGCGAUACAUGGAUGCUAUCGCAUUGGUACAAUAUUUUGGAAAGCCUGAUUUCUUUAUAACAAUGACAUGUAAUCCUUCUUGGCCAAAAAUAAAAGAACAUUUAUCACUGGCUGAUGAAGUACAGAACAAACCUGAUUUAGUUAGUAGAGUUUUUAGAGCAAAGGUAGAAGAAUUAAAGACGGAUAUAUUAAAAAGACAAAUCUUUGGAAGCGUUGCAGCAUUCAUGUAUACUAUAGAAUUUCAAAAACGUGGUCUUCCACAUGCUCAUUUUCUUAUUAUACUUGCUGAUGAACACAAAUUAUUGACUCCUGAAUCCUAUGAUAAAUUUAUUUGUGCAGAAUUGCCUGAUUCUAAAAAAGAUCGCGAUUUUUAUUCACUUGUUAUUAAACAUAUGAUGCAUGGUCCUUGUGAAAAGUUAAAUCCUACAAAUAUUUGCAUAAAAAAUAAUAACUGCAAAUUCAAGUAUCCAAAAGUUUGCUAAACAAACAUUAAAAGGGAAGAAUUCAUAUCCAAUAUACAAAAGGAGAAGAACCGGAGAAGCUGUAGAAGUAAGAGGUGAGUUUCUGGAUAAUUCUUGGGUUGUUCCAUAUAAUCCAUUUUUGCUAUGAAAGUAUAAUUGUCAUAUGAAUAUUGAAGUUUGUUCUGAUAUUAAAAUAGUGAAAUAUAUUUACAAAUAUAUUUGCGAAGGACACGAUAAAAUUGCAUUUCAUAUACAUGAUAAUGAUACAGAUACAAACAUGGAUGAAAUAAAAGAAUAUCAAUCUGUUAGAUGGGUUUCUCCUCCGGAAGCUGCAUGGCGAUUAUUUGGUUUUCCCAUAAGUGAAAUGACUCCAAGUGUUUUUCACCUUCAAUUACAUUUGGAAGGACAACAAUUUGUCUCUUUUAAAAGUAUUAAAAAUGUUGAUAGAAUACUGAGUAAUCCAAUGAUUCGAAAAACAAUGUUAACUGAAUUUUUUGUUAUGAACAGAACAGAUAAAGAUGUUAUGCAACUGUUAUUAUUAUAUAAAGAAUUUCCUGAGUACUUUGUAUGGUCACCUAAGGAAAAAAUGUGGACACGUCAAAAACAACGUAUUGUAAUUGGACGUGUUGUAACAUGUCAUCCAACAGAAGGAGAAAGAUAUUUUCUUAUAUUAUUAUUGAUGAACGUUAGAGGACCAAAAUCAUAUCAGGACUUAUGUAAAGUUGACGGCAAAUGUUGUAGUACAUUUAGAGAGGCCGCAGAAAAAAGAGGAUUAUUACACUGUGAUAACAACUUAGUUGAAUGUAUGUUUGAAGCUACAAAUUAUCAAAUGCCAUAUAGUUUAAGGCCUUUGUUUGCAACAUUAUUGGUGUACUGUAAUCCUGCUAAUCCAACAGAACUUUGGAAACAAUUUGAAGAUUCAAUGUCCGAAGAUUUUAAGAUUCUACCUAACAUGAAUGCUAAAGAUAUUUGUUUUAUGGCUUUAAAUCAUAUCAAUGAUAUUUUACAUUUGAUGGGACAUGAUAUUAAUGAAUAUAAUCUGAUUCCUGAGAAAAUUAAACCUUCAGCUGCUGUGAGAGAAACCAAUGUGUCAUUUUGAAAGAAACAUCAUUGUUAGAGAAGAAGAUUUGCUUCUAGAGAGAAUUAAAUAUCGAACAACGAAAAGCAUAUGACACAAUUCUUAAUAGAAUAUUUUCUAACAAAUCAAGAGCAUUUUUCAUUGAUGGACCUGGAAAAACUUUUCUAUACCGUGCUUUAUUAGUUGAUGUACGAUCAAAAGAUUUUGUCGUUUUAGCAACAGCAAGUUCAGGUGUUGCAGCUUCGAUCCUCCCAGGAGGACGAACUGCUCACUCUCGUUUUAAAAUUCCUAUUGAUAUCGAUGAACAAUAUUCUUGCAAUAUUAGUAAGCAAAGCGCACUUGCAACUUUAAUACGUGAUGCAAAACUAAUUUUCUGGGAUGAAGUAUCUAUGGCGAAAAAGAAAGUGAUAGAAACUUUUGAUAUUCUGAUGAAGGAUUUAAUGGAUACAAAUGCUCUAUUUGGAGGAAAAGUGAUCGUUUUCGAUGGAGAUUUUAGACAAACUCUCCCAGUUGUUAGGAGUGGAAAAAAAGAAGAUUUUAUUCAACAAAGCUUAUUAUAUUUUGAAAUUUGGAAUCGACUCGAAAAACUACAAUUAUCAGAGAAUAUGCAUGCAAAAACAGAUCCUACGUUUUGUGAAUAUUUGAUGAGAAUAGGAAAUAGACAAGAAAAAACAAAUAGCCAUGACAAAAUUGAAAUCCCUGAUUGUUUUGUUAUCCUUUUCGUUUAUGAAAAUCAAUCAUUAGAUCUGUUAUUUAGAGUUACUUAUCCAAAUCUACAUACAUGUUUUUCUGAUGCAUUUUCUAUGACUUCUCGUGUAAUUCUGACAACCAAAAAUGACUUUGUCGAUGAAAUAAAUGAUUUGCUCAUAGCUCAAUUUCCUGGUAAUCUUAAAACAUACGUUGCAUUUGAUGAGACUAUUGAAGCAAACGAUCAAAGUCAAUAUGAAGAUUUUUUGCAUACUUUACAUCCUGUUGGUUUACCUCCCCAUAAAUUAACCUUGAAAAAGAAUUGUCCUGUUAUGUUGUUACGAAAUUUAAAUCCAUGUGAAGGUUUAUGCAACGGUACACGACUUAUAUCUUGUGAUCUUCGCAAACAUGUUAUAAGUGCUAAAAUUGUCACUGGGGACUUUAAGAAUACACAUGUAUUUAUUCCUGGAAUACCAUUAUUAUCAUCAGUAGAUGAAAAAUUGCCUAUUCCUUUCAAAAGAACACAAUUUCCUUUGAGAUUAUGUUUUUCUAUGACAAUAAAUAAAGCUCAAGGUCAAACGUUGGACUUCGUGGGAGUUUAUUUAUACGAACCUGUUUUUUCACACGGUCAGCUCUACGUAGUGCUAUCAAGAGAAAAAAGUUCUAAUUGUGUAAAGCUAUUAAUUCGACCACCUGCAACAGAUAGUGAUGAUGAUCAUUCAACUUACAAUAUAGUAUAUGAUGAAAUCAUUCAAAAAGCUUUUGCAUAAAUAGUUCCCGAGGAUGGCCCCAACUUCUGUUCUGUACUAUGCUCACAUAAUUCAUGGCAAGUUGGCUUCAGGUUUUGCAUAAUCCUAGAAGUUACUCUAAUAUUGUUACAGAGGUAUUUUUAUCUUUCCCUGUGUGCUUAUUGUUCAUUUAAUGAUUCUUGUUGAAACAACUUUUUUGCGCAGUUAACUUAUUUGCUUGCAAAUUCUUGCUAAAUUUUGAAUGUUCUAAAAAUGGAAAAGUUUUCUGAUAUGCAACAAAUAGAUCAAUGUUGUAUCUAUUUGAUUUUACUGUUUCUAUGGUAUGUAUAGUGUAUUCCAUCUCUGUCUCAUUUUGUUCAUCUAUCUUGCAUUCUUUUUCUUGCUUCAAUAUAAUUUGAUAAUCCAAAUGCAUUUCUUGCAUCAACAAUAUUAGGUUCUUUCAUGCCAAUAUUUUAGAAUAUUAUAAGUACUGCAUGAUGAAAAAAAAUAACUAUUACUAACAGAAAAUAAAAACCGGUGUUAUAGCUCAUGUAUUCAUAUCAUUUAGACACUUGCUUGGUGAUGUACUUAAAAAACUUGGUGGUUGUUUUAAACUUUCUUUUUCUAUCAGAUUCAUUGUCACCUAACUGUUGUAGAAUACUCUACAUACUGAUUCUUUUGUGAAAAAUCAGAAAGAAUUGGAGGUAUGCUACAACACAGUCAAUCUCAACUCCGGACAAAUGAGGAGCAUUUACUAUCUCUUAAAAGAAUUGCAUUGACAUUUGAACUCACUUCGCUCCAAAGUUGUGGGGAUUUGAACAAUUAGAACAUAAAUAAUAACUUUCAUUGGUUGUGGUUAGCAUCCUGCUUAACGUAUUUGGACCAACUAAAGGUCUGUACAUUCACAAUGAGUAUUCAUAUUCUCAACAACAUUUAUUAUGUUGAUUUGGCGAAGCUUUUUAGGUGUCUUUCUGUUGAUGGUGCCAAUGGUUCAAUUUUUAUUGUAUGUUGUCGAGUUAUGUUCUUGCUGAGCAUGUAAUUGUCUUAUUCUAUUUUCCUCAGAGAUUGUUGAUUCACAGGUUUUGUGAUUUUGUGAUUUUGUAGAUUCUUGCCUCAGCAAGUAUCUGCCAGGAUAAAAAAGGUAGUAGAAACAACAGAAGAACAUUGAUGCGGUCAAUGUAUUUGAUGAAAUUCUCGAGUGAAAGGAAGAUACUUCUAGCAAGUAUGUCAACCUCUUCAAUGUUAAACCUCAAUAUUUCUUCUGUCACGCUACUCUCAACAUUAUACUUCAUAUAAAAAAAAUAUAUCUUGGACCAGAAAAUGAUGACUCCUAGGCUAUACAAAAUACUUUAUAUUUUGCUUUUUGAAUUUUACUUUUCAUUGGGGAAUUAACACCCGUACUACACUUUUAUUUUAUUAAAACACGUGUAGAUUCGUUGUUUAAGAUAUGACUCUUUAUUGUUGUCCAGUUCAUCUAUUUCUCUCUCCUUCACUGCUCUCUGUUAUUUUCUUCUUGCUUUGCGACUUCAAGAGAUCAAAGGUGUCAUCUUUCACUGGGUGAUUUUUUCAAUUUUUCUGGGCUUCUUUGAUUUUUCAUGAUUUUUUUAUAUUUUUGUUGCUAUAAUGUUCUACCUCUGUUGUGCUUGUUAAGUCUGGUAAGUUUUCUACCAUGUUUGUUUCUUUCUUGCGCUAUGUUUUGGAUUUUUCCUGGAUGUUGGAUGCGUCUUGAUUGUUUGUAUAAGAUCUGCUCACUGAUAACAAAGCAGAGUUUGAUUGUUCUUCAAAUGACUCUGAAGAUAGCAUGAGUUUUGAGGGGCGGAAUGAAAAAAGGUAAAUAAAGACCUUAGCCAAAAGCAAGGGAUUCCUGGGGCCCAAACGAGAGCAGAGACAGCAGGGCAGGUAUCUCAAAAAAGAAAGAAACGAAAACAGGCAAGGAGGUUAGAGCGAGUAAGACUAGGUUAAUAAUGUAUGUCUCGAAGGAGAGUACUGUCAUUUGAUGACUUAAACCACUUUUGAAGUGAAUGCUCACUUCAAUACCGAUUUCCUAUAUUAUUUCAUUAGUUAUUCACCAAAAUGGUGCCAAAAUAUUAAAGUGAGCACCUGACUGAAGCACAUUUAUUUGACAAAUUAACGACGUAAUCUUAAUUAACUAUA